ACUAGGCCACCACGCGGGCCCCCUAAUCCAAACUACCGUACACGCUCGCUCAAACUGAACGAAACCCCAAACAACUCGCCGGCGACGACUGCGUCGGCGAGCUCCGCAGAGGCGAUGGAGGACGAGGGGGAGGCGAGGCCGAUGGCGAGGGCGAAUCCGUGGGUGGUGGGGGAGUACGAGAUGCAGAGGAUGGUGGGGAAGGGCUCGUUCGCCGAGGUGUUCCUCGCCGCGCACCGCCGCACCGGCGCGCCCGUGGCGGUAAAGGCGAUCGACCGCGAGCUCGUCGACAAGCGCGUGCACGACGGCAUCCUCCAGGAGAGGGAGAUCCUAAACAGCUUCGACCACCCCAACAUCCUCCGCCUCCUCGACACCAUCGACACAGGGAAGGUGCUGAACCUGGUGCUGGAGUACUGCGAUGGAGGGGACCUCGAUUCCUUUUUGAACAAGCACGGGCGGCUGCCGGAGGCAACCGCAAAGGACUUGAUGCGGCAGCUCGCGGAAGGGCUGAAGGUGCUGAGGGGGAGGAACAUCGUGCACCGAGACCUCAAGCCGCAGAACCUUCUACUAUCAACUAAUGGUGAUGCCAUCAUAUUGAAAAUUGGUGAUUUUGGGUUUGCAAGGUCUCUGAUGCACGAAAAUUUAGCUGCCACAAUAUGUGGGUCGCCAUUGUAUAUGGCCCCAGAAAUUUGGCAAGGGAAGGACUAUGAUGCAAAGUCAGACUUGUGGAGUGUUGGGGUCAUUCUUUUCCAGCUAGUCACAGGGAAGUUGCCAUUUUCUGGGAGUAACUAUUAUCAGCUGCGCCAAAACAUCCUGGCUUCCGAUGAACUUAGUUUCCCUUCAGAAAUUGAAGCUGAUUUAUGUCCUGAUUGCAUUGACUUGUGCAGAAGGCUCCUUCGCCGUGAUCCAAUGAAGAGAAUAAGCUUUGAGGAAUUCUUCAAUCACAAGUUUUUGGCAACAACAAGGAAACGCGAACUUAUCAGUGAGUCCCAUCAUGCUGUUGAUUUAAGGGAUACAUGCCAGAACACCUCUUCUGUUGUCCUCAAAGCAAAGUCUGGAAGUGUGGAUUCAAAAAAUUCAAAAAUAUUUGAUUCAUGGGAGUGGAUAGAGCGAGAAUAUGUACUAGUUCCGGUAAACUGUACUUCUAUAGAGAUGAUGUCUUCUCUCGAGAAGUCCACAAAAGAUGAUACAGGUCCAAGAACUGCCAUCUAUGAUAGGUCCACUGGCAAAGGGUCUGUUCAGAAUCAAAACAGAGACUUGAUCCGUAGAGUUAUUGCUGUACAAAACCAUGGAUGUACUUCAGUGUCUAUUUCCCAGGAGUCAACCACUGCAGAAGAUAGAAGAGAGAAGCAGCCUGAUUAUCACUUGAGGCUUCACAUUCUGAAUCAAUAUGUUGUUGUUCUUACAGAACUUGCUCGGGAGAAGCUUUUUAAAGGGCUGGACCUGGAGGCAUUAUCAGUUGAACUCGUAUUAUUAGCUAUCUGGAAAGAGGCACUUGAUGCAUUUAGCUUAUUCAUGGAUGCAUCAGAUGAUGAAAGUUUCUCUAAAUCUGGUCAAGAACAUUUCCUGCCUAAGAGUGAUCGCUCAUCUCUGAAUGUAGUGCGAGGAUUGGAUUUCACUAGGCCAGUUUCUGUUUGUUCCUGGGUUGAAAGUGGGUUCAUGAAGGCAUAUGAUCGUGCAGAGAAGAUAUCGCAUAGAUUGCGGGAGAACAAUGAUAACACCGAGAUGCCAGAUGCAAUGGAUAUCAUAUUCCAAAAUGCUUUAGAAUAUGGGAAAAGUGGCGCUGCAAAUGAAGUCUUGGGACAUCAAAGUAGAUCAGUGGCGCUAUACUCAAAAGCUAUCAUCUUGCUCACAUUUAUAUCGCAGGAAGCACCUAUUUUGCCACUAAAUCCACCGUUUUCCCUUUCACCAUCGAAUCAGCAACGCAUCCAUAGGUACAUAGCUAAUUUGAAGAGUCAUCUCUGCAGUGCUCAGGUUGCUGGACAACAGCAGAGAUCAGUCCACAAGGACUGAAAGAUUAAUUAUUCGCAUCGCGGCAAAGCUUGGCUUUGUUCCCGUGUAGCAUUAGUCCAUCCCUCCACCCCCUUUUUGUCUAGGAGGUGUUUAGUGCAUUGGUGAGCUUCUGAUGGCAUGAACUUUUGUAUAUAACACUGCUUUAUGGUCGUCUUAUUAUAUCAUGUUUGAAUGACCUUAGACUUGCUAUAUUUGUAUAUUCAAUAUGUGAAUCUGUAAAUAUAAAUUGUUCAGACCUUUCUUUAACUGCCUUGCGGUCAA